AUGGCCCAGAUAAACGACAGUGUCUUAAUUAUUGGCGCUGGGGUCUUUGGUAUCUCCACUGCAUAUCAUCUCCUAGUCAGAGGAUUUACCGACGUAACCGUCAUCGAACGAGCAGAGACGUUGCCCCCCGCCGAUGGAACAAGCAAUGACUUCAAUAGGAUCGUGCGCACAUCCUACGGCGACCCUUUUUAUGCCAAGUUGGCUCACGAGGCCAUUCAGUCUUGGAAGAACCGAGAAUUAUUUGGGGAUAGUUAUCAAGAAUCAGGUGUCCUUGUUCUGGGUUCCACAAAUUCUUACACAGAGCAAUCGUAUACAAGCGAUGCCGCGCUUGGCUUGCGCUUGAAACAACUAAAGAAUGCUGAUGCUAUUCGUAGUAUCUUCCCAGACGGCGACAAGGUAGGGUCCUUUGAUAAGAUCACUGGAUACCUAAACUUAGACGGCGGAUGGGCUCAUGCAGCGAAUGGUGUAUCUGCUUUGACUGCGAAGGUUAUCCAACUGGGAGGGAAUGUGCUUCCUGGAAAGACUGUUAGCGAACUCUUAAAGGAGAACGGUAAGACUAUAGGCGUGCAAUGCAAGGAUGGAUCUUCCUUCAGAGCCAAGUAUACUGUCGUCGCUACUGGAGCCUGGACACCUUCAACUUUUCCGGAACUCAAUCUUCAGGAGAAGUUCGUGGCUACAGGCCAAUGUGUUACGAUGGUUCAGCUCACACCUGAAGAGGCUAAGACCUACAAAAAUAUCCCUGUUGUGCUAGAUUUCGAUUCGGGAUUCUACUGUUUUCCGCCCAGUGCAGACAAUAUAGUAAAAAUGGCUAUUCACUCUCGCGGAUACAUACAUACCAAAGACGCGAUAUCAACACCUCGUACAGUUGUCUCUGACGGGGAAGAUGGACUUCGGAUUCCAAAGGCCGAUCUCAAUGAAAUCAGAAGUCGAUUCAAGGAGGUUUUCCCCGAGCUUGCCCACAAACCACUGCUUCGUACUCGGCUAUGUUGGUAUACAGACACCCAGGAUGGGGAUUGGGUAAUUGGCCCUCAUCCAAAGGAUAGUGCUUUGAUAUUUGCGACAGCAGGAAAUGGACACGCUUAUAAGGCUAGUUCGACGUUUCUUCCUGUCAUCGGUCGCCUCGUCGCAGAUGUGCCUCGAAGGGACAAAUGGAACCUGCCGUGGCCAAAAAAUUUGCAUUUGAUCGCGAAGUGGAUCACAGUGACGAUUCAAGAGCUGGUACGCAAACGACAAGAGCUGGAUUUGGGUCAGUUAUGCACAUCUGAAGAUUUGGCUCGUUACAGGGUUGAACGCCAGCAUAGGAACUAA